AUGGAGUUGAAGUUGGAGGCCGCGGAUGUCCUCAAGUUGGGGGUUGAGGUGGAGGCGGCGAGCGAAGAGCAGACGCCGGUGGCGGAAGCAAAGGAUCUCGCACAUGUGCUGAGUGCUGAGCAGAUUCAGAGGAGGGCGCGGCGCGAGGGAUUUCGUUUGCGCUGCGAAACCCAUGAGGCUUGGUGCAUGCAGGAGGAAGAGCGCAAGGCCAUUCGUCACUUGCAGUGGUGCAGGGAAGAGGCAAAGCGGAUCCAGGACGAUAUGCAGAGGUGUCUGGUAGAGGCGAGUAACGGGUUUGAGUGCCUUCUCGUGGAGGAGGGGAAUGCGUACCAGGAGCUCUCGCAGCUCGAGCGCCAACACGCCCUGGAGUCCAAGCAACGUGAGCGUCGUCGUCAGGACGAGUUUAGUCGCCGGCGCGCGCAUGAGCUCCUCAAGGAGCAUGCAGGCAUUCGAGAUGAGAUUGUGGCGAUGGAGGAGGAGGCUGCGGUGAAACUUGGGCAGGAGGUAGAGCAACUUUCCCGGGAGCUAUUGCGCCGCCACGAGCAGGAAAGCACCGCCCACGUUAGUACCACUCCGCCUUCCUGGAAUUCCGCAGAAUGGAGAGAGAACUACGGCACUCUCGAGGAGAUAACAAAGGAAGUCGCAUUGCAAACCACUGUUGCGUCAUGGAGGCGUUUGCAAUCGUGCGGCCCCGGCACAACACCGCAAGCGUGUUUUCCUCCUUCCCCUCUGGGCAACGCCCUUCGUCUGCGGUCCCUGGAGCGAGAGGAAAACCAGAGGAGCAAAUGGGUGCAGGAGUGCAUGCAGAAUAUAAGUAGUGCCGCGUGUGCAUUGGGGGAAUCCACGCAUGGCGUAGCUGAGAGGACAGGGCAUCCUCCUCAGCCAGGCAUUCGACUUGGAAAUGGUGCUUGUGUCACUCUCUUCACAGUGCAGCCGGAUACUUCGUGUCCGUCGUUAGAAAACACCACCGUUUGUUUAGAUGCCAAAAUGGCGAAGCAGCUACAACCGAUUGCUUUUGGUGGUGUGAAGAGAAACUUGCAGGAGGCGGCGCAGGCUUGUCAUACGCUCUCCUUUGCUCUGGAGCAGAUAGCCUCAGUGGACUUUGCCAGCCUCUCCACUCUGGAGGUGUGCACCGCCGGUGGUGUGGGCGAAGGCAAGGAGAAACGCACGGCACCUGUCGCCCCCUUAGUGCAGGAGCUUGACCUGGGCGGCAACGCCCUUCACACCUUGCCCCUCGACGACCUCUUGCGUGUGUUCCCCUCGAUCCGUAGCUUGAGCGUCAGCGACAAUGGACUGAGACAUGUGACGUGUCGCGCCGCAUCCAUGCGUGGAGUAUCCGACGCUCACGCUCACUCUUUGGCUCAGUCCUCCCAACUUUCUCACCUUGACGUCUCUAUGAAUGAACUACAAAGCUUAGAGGCCAUUGGGAAGCUUCUUUCCUAUCAGCUGCGUUCACUUGUAGCGUAUGCGAACCAUAUCGACUCCUUGUUGCCAUUGGCCUCAUGUAAUCAUCUGGAGACCCUUGAAGCAAGCCGUAACCAAAUUUCCUCGCUCUCUGAACUGCAGCCUCUUGCCCUGCUACAGACCGUCGACCUGAGUGAGAACUGCAUCCUGACGUGGGAUGCCCUCGCCCAGCACGUGUUGCUGCAGAAUUUGUAUCUCUCGCGAAAUCGUAUUGGGGUGCUUCCAAAAACCAUAUCCCUCAGCUUCCUGCGCCAACUCUUCAUGAAUGAGAACCAAAUUGAGGCGCUUCCAAGUGAAUGUUUUCGCUGGCUCCCUUUUCUCUCGGUGCUGCACCUCGAGAACAACAAGUUGCGUGACGUCUCCGGCCUGGCGCACUGUCCACGCCUGACGACUGUGGGGCUUGCAUUUAACCAGUUGCAGCGCGUGGAGGAUCUUGCCCCGCUUGCAGCGUGCAAAAAGUUGCAGGCUUUGUCUGUUAGUGAGAACCCAUUUAGCUCCGAGAUCGAUGGCAGCAGCGGCGGGAUGCCCGCAAAGGUGAAAUUGACGCUGCUCGCCUGGUUUCCACAACUCUCUGAGCUCAACAAUGAGAAGGUGAACGAUGAAGAAUGCAGAAUUGCUUUGGGCGAUGAAAUAGUGUGGAGCGCAUCGUUUACCAUGGCCCAUCGGUUGCGGCGAGACUUCCAUGAAAGCGCCGUUUGCGACACCUGGCGUUGGCCUUGUGGAUCAACCAUUGAAGAUGUACAGCAAAUGUGUGGCGCUAUGGAAUUCUGUUCGCGGUACGUGGAUUCGAAAGCUGCGUACGCCGCGAUGUUCGCCGCCCUCACAAGUGAUGUGGCCCUGACAACUCUCCAAAAGGAACAAGAGGUUCUUGCCACUGUUCGCCGACGGCGCCAUCAUGAUGCGCUGCAUGUGGAGGAGGCGUUGAAGCGACGACUGCGUGAGUCGCAGCAGCGGCUCAACCCUGUUGUGCAUCGCCUCUCCGACAAGGUGGAUGAGCGAAAUCGACGCGAGGCAAAGGCCACCCUGCGGCAACACCUGACAUCCUUGCAGACGAUGCCACAUGUAGUGGCCAAUCUGCACGUACGCCCUGUCCUUUACCAUCAGCGGAUGCAGGCACACCGAGAGGCGAAGGCAAAAGUUGUCAUUUGUGAAUGGGCGCGUCUUCGGCUUCUUGGGAGACGAGCCAAGAAGGAACUUGCAGCCCUGAAAGCGGCUUAUGAGGAAUCGCAGCGAAGACGAUAUGAGGCGGCCGCAGGUGUCAUUCAGCCGGUGUGGCGGGGGGCGGCGCUUCGUUCGCGUCUGAAACGAAUAUUACACGCCAAUGACGAUGAUGAGGAGGAAUUUGCCCACGUUUCUCUGGACUUUAUUGAUGACUCGAAGGCAACAGACGGAGACGAUGGCAUUGGGGCUGUGCUGCAGCGAGUGCUGCAGUCUCAUGGGGCUCUGCCGAACUUUCCCGUUCAAGCAUUUUCCGCCAGGCUCCCUGGCGCCGCGGGUGUGUCGGAGGGUCACUUGCCGCCUCGUGCCAGUUCCGCGGUGCCAAACGGAACAGCUCGGAUCGGCGAACAGGACAGGCAACGCCCGGAAAGUCAGCCGCAGGGUGGGACGACGUUGCUGCCUCAGCAGCGACUACAGCAAAAACAGGAGGAAGGAGUGGAGCAGUUGCCGCCGCCCUCUUCCCUGUCGGGAUCAGCGCGUGUGGAUGACGCGUGGGGGGCGAUGGUGAGCUCACAGUUACGGAGGAGGCAUAAAAAGAUGGAACGCGCCCAGCGUGAGAAUAUGCGUCGUGAGUUCAUGAAGGACCCUCUCAAGGUGAAACGGGAACUUGGGGGUGGAUGA